AUGAAUGGGUGCGUCUCAUCGUCACGAGGCGUAUUGCGUCGACGACGGCAAGUUGAAGAGCGCAUCGUCGGCGCCCGCACCGCGACGGAGAGCACUCGAAGCACUCGAACCAUGAUGACACAGAUAUCACUCACGCUAUCGGACGAUCUCGCCGCAGAGUCGUCGGAACAGUCGAGUCCCCUCGCUGAUCUCACGAGUGCAAUCUCUCAACCGACGCGCUCAAACCGUCAGUGUGCGUCCGGCGUGUGCGGAAAACGCCCCGCGCACGCCCUCGCGACCGUGCUGAGGCUCGCCGCAGACGCACUUGAUGGCCCUGCGAUGACCGGGGGCAAAAAACGCGCGCGAGGGCGCGGUUCGCCGAUGGAGUACGAGUACGGGGCGACUGACGACUUUGACGACGUCCUCGCGCCCGCGAAAAAUCUGUUGCGCUUGAUUGAAGUGGAAAAGCGUUGGGAUGUUGGACAGAAAAGACCUGCCCAGGGCGACGCGGGGGGUGAAUGGAUUCUCCUUGAAAAGCACAACACAGCGCAAGAAGCGAGGGCCGCGGCGCUUCUUCGUCCGAACGGCGUGAAAUUCAAGAGCGUAGUCGAGCAUCGCAUCGACGAUGACGUCUAUGAGCUCCUUUACCACGCGCCGCCAUCGCUCGGUGCCUUCCGCGGGCCUACGUGGCAUGGUGCCGAACACGUGCGCGCGGACGUCUGCCCACCCCGUACCCCUCGCCCCCAAUCGCCACCACCCUUGCCCCCUUGCCCCGUUUUUUACCCACUUUUUACCUCUUUUCACACCCUUUUACCCCAAAUAUGUCUUGAGUCAUAA